GUUUCUUUUUUCAAAGUCGUCAGGGCAGUUAACAUGUUGACCUAUCAUUGACCUUUAGAGAGCAGCAUUGCAAAAAGUGCAGCGAUGGCACGAUGGAAUCCAUUCCAGCCACUGGAAGCUUCAUAUUUUUGUCACUUGUCGACGCUUCCCGAGUGCUGUAAGUAACGCUCAUUGGGGCUUCUGUCCGCGAAUGCAGCUCAUUGAUUGUAUUUAUUUAUUUAUUUAUUUAUUUACUUAUUUAUUUACAUUUGCUAUCCUGUUUUUUGGGCUUUUUUUUUUUUUUUUCACAUUUGCGCUGCCACGACCUUGUUUCCUCGUCGACGUCGUCACUCGCUGGUCUCCCGCUUUCAGCAUUUGGACAGCUCUCGCUCGUCAGCCUCUUCGUCCACAUGGAGCCCUCGGUGUGAUCGCGUGGAGGAGGUGGACCCCCCCUCCCCCCCAAAAAAAAAAAAUCUUCACGCACCCUCCCACGAUGGGACCGUCUCCCCGGACUCGGUGACGGCGUCGCCCGCUGCCGAAGCAUGGUGCCCUCGCGUCGGAGGAGGAGGUCUAUUUGUGGCGCUGUGUCCCCGGAAAGGCGACGCUGGUGCUCGGCGGAUUUAUCAGCCCACUCAAGCCAAGAUCCGAGCUCCUCUCAUUGUGAUCUUCAUCAUCUGCGAGAAGGGAGAUGUGCCCGUCGUCACUGCGAGGGCAAAUGAGUCACGACCACUCUUCCCACUAUGUAGAGCAAGGCAACGCGGGAGGGAGCCGAGCCAGGUCGCCAUCGCUGUGCUGUGCCUGUGAUUUCACACCGGGCCCGAUUUAGCGUGACCAUCCGUCGGAAGCCUUUCGACAUGAGCAACCACCAGGCCCCUCCUCAAGCUGCCUCCUCCGAGCUGGAGGUGAUUUCACAGCAGGUGGAGGAGGAAAACCAGCGCGUGGCCCCGGUUCAGCUGCUGAGCUUCACCUACAGAGACUUGCCUCUGGCCGCCCUGGAUGUAUCUCUGGCCGGAUCUCAGCUCAUCUCCAACCCGGAUGAAGAGGACAACCGAGAGGGGUCCAACUGGCUGAAGCCGUGCUGCGGGGGCCGGGCGGCUCUGUGGCAAGUGUGCCUGGCGUCGGCCGGCUUCAACUGCGUCCUGGUGGCUUGCGUGGUUCUGGCGGUGCUACUGCUGACUCUGGAGCUACUCGUCGACACUAAACUGCUGCAGUUUAACAAUGCAUCCCAGUUUGCUGGCGUCAUCCACUGGAUCAGCCUGGCUAUCCUGUCUGUGUUCUUCACCGAGACCGUUUUCAGGAUCGUGGUCCUAGGGAUAUGGGAUUACAUCGAGAACAAAGUGGAGGUGUUCGACGGAGCCAUCAUCGUCCUUUCGCUGGCCCCUAUGGUGGCCUCCACCGUGGCCAACGGCCCCAGCAGCCCCUGGGACGCCAUUGGUCUCAUCAUCACGCUGCGCAUCUGGAGGGUCAAAAGGGUCAUUGACGCCUACGUGCUGCAGGUGAAGGUUGAGAUGGAGCUGGAGAUCCAGCAGUGCGAGAAAGCAAAGGCAGUGAGAGAGGAGCAGCUCGACCGCCUCACUCAGAUCUGUCAAGAGCAGGCGUUUGAAAUCCGGCAGCUGAGGGCCCACCUGGCCCAGCAGGACCUGGAUCUGGUGGCCGAGCGGGAAGCAGCCAUGCAGAUCCACCAUAUGUGGGCUAAACCCAGCAGCAGUUUCCAUGAGGUGGACGGACUGGCCCCCGGGGCCUCCGAUCAUCACAGGCCGGCCAAAGUCAGAGAGCCCGGCGGGCCCUCAGAUCACCACGGCCAGGAUGACAUGAACAACUACAUCAGUCAGUAUUACAGCGAGCCGAGCAGUGAUAUGGGCAUCCCCGACCCGGCCGCUCGCAUCAUCACCACGGCGGCUAUCGACGUCCACUUGCCCAACAACCCCAGCCAGCUCCCUCCGUCCUUGGUGAGCGCCGACGGCGCGGCCGGCGGCCGACUGCGGCGCACCAACAGCUCGGCCAGCGAAGCCUCGGCCACGACGGCGUCGCGCAUCAGCAGCCGCACGGCGGGAUCGUCGGCCGACUGCAGCUCCACCGUGCGCGAGGCGUCCACGUCCACCGACUACAGCGACCAGCGCUGCUACCCGCCGCCCUACAGCAGCCCCCUGGCCCCUCAGCCCAGGGGAAGUCCCAGCGCCGUGGUGCAGGAGCUGCUCUCCUCUCUGUCCGAGGACUCCUGUCUGAGCCAGAAGGGCCUGGACCCCGUCAACCUGAAACCGCCCAGUCCUACCGGUUCCACCAAAAACAGCCCCGAGCUGGAGAACAGGGUAAACAUCUACAACAAGAGGAACCAGGAGAGCCGACUCAGCUCGCACGCCAAACCGCUCAUCCAGCUGCAAAGAACUGAAGCUUUCCUGGAGGAGAAGUACAGGAUGAUGGAGCCUGUCGACGCACCCGUCCAUCAUCUGUCGGGAACCUAAAGUGAUGGAAGAGAGCAGGAACGGGGACCUCAGUCAAUGCUCCAGUCCAUCAUCUGCCUUGGACGUAACGUGGUGAAAGAGACGAGGAACAAGGUCCUCUUUUGAUGCUUCAAGCCUCCAUUUAUCUGUCAGAGAUAUGAUAGUGGACAAGAACACAAACCUCAAAAGAUGCUUGAAUCCAACAUGUUUGAGACAGAAGAUGGUGGAAGAGAGCAGGAACCUUCAUAAAUGCCUCUGCCUGUCAUCUGUAUGAGUCGAGGUAGUGGCAAAGAGCAAAAACAGAAACCUCAAAGAUGCCAUUAUUUCUUCAAGACACUGAGCAGGUACAGGGAGCUCAAAAGUUGUUUGAAAUCCUCAUGUGUCUGAGACACGACAGAACCGGAACCUCCAUUGAUGGCCCAAGCCAUGAUCAAAGAUAGUGUCAGAUAGCAGGGAUGAAACGAUGUUCACAUUCAUCGUGUCUGGUACAUAACACGGUAGAAAAAAAAGCAGGUACGGGAACUGUUCCCCCAAAUCAGACAUAAGAUGGUGGCCGAGAGCAGCGACAGGAACCUUGUAAGAUGUUUGAAUUCAUCAUUUGUCUGAGAACAGGGACUGUAACCUCAAAUGAUUGAAUCCAUCACCUGAGACAUCAAAUGGUGAAGAGAGCAGGAACAGGAAACUUCACCUGUUUGGGACAUGACAUUGUAGAAGAGAUCAGGAACAGGAAGACGCCCAGAUCCAUCAUCGGUCUGAUACAUUUGUUUGCGGAAGAGUACAAGAACAGGUACUGUCAUGGUUGUCCAAAUGCCUUUGACAUGGUGGUGUAAGAAAGCAAGAUAAGACACUCCAAAAUAUUCUGAAGCAGGAACAGGAAGAUGAAUUGAUUUCCCAGCCUAUCAUUUGAUUUUGAAAUAACGUGGAUAACAUGAAGCGCAAGAACUUGCUUCACUUGCAAACGUGCACUGAAAACUGUUGGAGGAUCGAUCACUUUUCAGGAAACAACUCUGACAAUUUUAUGAUCAUUCGAAACAAACUUGGCCAUGCUGAAUGGACCUAGAGCCUCUGCAAGCAUGUCAGCUGUUUUACGAAAACAGCCAGAAACCAAUUCGCCGCAACAACCGCAGGGUACAAGUGGAAAUCCGUGUUGAGAGUUUCUAACCUUUGUCUUUCUAUUUUAGCAACGUUUCUAACUGAAAUUCCAAGAAUGGGGUUUUAAAAAAAAAAAAAAAAAAGAUUUUGCAAUCUAACCAA